AUGCUGAAUGAAACUACAUCACCAUCAUCAUCAUCCUCACCACAAUCCCCACCAUACUAUGUACUCUCCUCCGACAACGAACCAUCUGACCCCCAAUCUCCCACUCUGGCUCAGCUGCAAGCCCGUGCUCUGGCCUCUCAACAGCCAUCACACUCUGAACCUGAACCAAAAGUCACUUCCCCACCUCCUGAACAUCCAAAUCCAACUACAUCUGAACAACCUCAAACACCACCACCUGCACAACAACCAAAUCCACCUCUUGAACAACCAAUUAACUCUGAACCUCAACCAACCCACUCACCAUCUGAACCAAAUCCACAACCUAAACAAACAACACAGACACCCUCUGCCAUUUCCACACCCACAACUUCCGUUGCCUCCAUCACUCCAACACUAAAUCUCAGUGCCCCAAACUCACCCUCUCCAUCCUCCAUAGCCUCUGACACUGAACCAGAAACAACCUUCCCUACCCUAGAAGAAGCAAUACAAGUUUUUGUAAAGUCUUCAGUAGAGAAGCUCAAAGAAGUUGAAGAGAAGACUGCUGCUGAAGCUGCUGCUGCUGAGGCUGAGGCAAAAGCUAAAGCCGACGCUGAAGAAGCAACUCACAUUGCUGCAGAAGAAGCUGCCAAGGUCAAAGCUGAUGCUCUGACUCAGGGGGAGCACUCCAACUCUGGCACUGCUACAAAGAUAAAGCUUGAAAAUUUGAUCAAGGCUUUGCUGGAUGAAGAGGAAAAGGAAGUUGGGCAUGUUGGUGAUGACAUUGUUGGAGCUGAUGUAGAGGACUCUGCUGGUGGAAAUGAUGUUGAGAAUGAUGAAGAUAAAGAAGCUGAAGGAGAAGAGUAUCUACUAUAG